UGUUCAACUCCAGUUUAAACCGCUGUUCAGAUUGAACUAAGUUCAAAGUUGAAAGUCAGUUGUACAAAUAAAGCUCAAGGCUUGAACCCAGUUCAAGUAGGCAUAGAACCUGACCGGUCGAUGUCCCUCGGUUAAACUCAGUUCAAUGAAUCCUGUCGAGAGAUGCUUCGGGGUAUGGAAAAGUCGUUUCCCCAUCUUAGCAUUAGGAAUUCGUGUAGCGAAAGAAAAAAUUGAGCCAGUAGUUGUUGCAACAGCAGCCUUGCAUAACCUAGCAAUUAUCAUGAAAGACCCACAACCUGCAAUAAAUAAUGAAAUUGAAGCAGCAUUUGAAUUCAUUAAGAACUUUGAUAUUGUACCAGUCCCAGUUGGAGGUCAAGAUGCAUCUAAUAAUAGGACACGAUUAUUGUUAAUUAAUUAUUUCCAGGAUUUAUUGUGAAUGAUUCAAAAAUUCAGUUUUUAGCAUUUUUCUAAUGUUAUCUUCGUUUCAUACUAAGUGAAAGUGAAAGAUAUAAAUGAUGCAAUAAAGAAU